GGAACAGGCUAUAUAUUGCUGCCUUAUUGGCUAAGAUCACUAAUCUGGAGCUGGCACAUCAAGCCACCAUUACCCUUGAAGCAUUGCUGCAGACUAGACAAGUUGUCAGAGGACCAGGGGCGGACUGACAACUCAUGGGGCCCCCAGGCAAUAGGGGAUCAUGGGGCCCCUGUGUCCUUGCCCAAACUCAAAAAAGCCUAUGAAAAAGGUACCAGGGGCAUCUCAUGGGGCCCCCUACUGACCCUGGGCCCUCGGGCAGUG